AUUUCUUACUUGAUUGGUGUUUUAGUAUUGCAAGAAGUUUUCUCAUAACUUUAAAAGUAUUUCCAUUUUUAAAUUAAUACUUUAAUAAUAAAAUAAUAACAAUAUGGUUAAAAAGAAGAUUGACAAUCGUAUUAGAGUAAUGAUUGAAAAUGGUGUAAAGUUAGGACAUCGUACUAUGUUUAUAAUAAUUGGUGACAAGGGCAGAGAUCAAGUGCCCAUACUUUAUGAUAUUUUAACGAAAUCCACUGUCAAAGCUCGACCAACUGUUUUAUGGUGUUAUAAGAACAAAGAUGAAGCUAUAUCCAAUCAUGGUAAAAAGCGUGCUAAGAAAAUAGCUGCCGGAAAAAUUGACAUCAAUGAUGCAGAUCUAUUCGAUACUUUCCGUGUCUCUACCACAAUACAUGGUCGUUAUUAUUCGGAAACCCAUGCCAUAUUGGGUAGAACUUAUGGCGUUUGUGUUUUGCAAGACUUUGAGGCUUUGACACCAAAUCUUUUGGCCCGUACUGUGGAAACGGUUGAAGGUGGUGGUCUCAUUAUAUUGCUGCUUAAAACUUUAACAUCACUUAAACAAUUAUUUACAAUGAGUAUGGAUGUACAUAAACGUUUUCGUACUGAAUCCCAUCAAACUGUUACAUGUCGUUUCAAUGAACGUCUCAUUCUUUCCUUGGCCGAUUGUAAGAGAUGCCUUGUUGUAAAUGAUGACUUAACCGUACUACCCUUAAGUUCGAAAACUAUUAAUGUGGAACCAGUGAAUCCUGCUGAUAUUCAUCAAUCGGAAAAUAAUGAACUAUUAGUUGAAAUUAAAGAAAACCUAAGAGAUACACCUCCAGCGGGUCCUCUAGUAAAUCUUUGCAAAACAUAUGAUCAGGCUAAGGCAGUAGCACAAUUCAUUGAAGCUCUUGCUGAAAAACAAUUAAAACCACCUACAUCAUUGACAGCAGCUCGUGGUCGGGGUAAAUCUGCCGCUAUGGGACUUUCAAUUGCUGCAGCGAUUGCUUUCGGUUAUGUUAAUGUUUAUGUAACUUCUCCACAUCCCGAAAAUUUAAUAACAUUAUUUGAAUUUGUAUUAAAAGGAUUUGAUGCUUUAGAAUAUCAAGAGCAUACAGAUUAUACAAUUAUACGCUCUACAAAUCCAGAUUACAAAAAAGCUAUAAUACGCAUUAACAUAACACGUUCAAAUCGUCAAACAAUUCAAUAUAUUUCUCCAAAUGAUACACACCUAUUAAAUGCAGCCGAUUUACUAUUAAUUGAUGAAGCUGCUGCUAUACCCCUGCCAUUGGUAAAGAAAAUGAUGGGACCUUAUUUGAUUUUUAUGGCUUCGACUAUAAACGGUUAUGAGGGUACAGGAAGAUCACUGAGUUUAAAGCUGAUAUCACAAUUGCAAAAGGAGAAUAAUGCACCACCACCGAUCAAACUGGAUGAGUCUAUACGUUAUACGGAAGGAGAUGACAUUGAGAGCUGGUUGAUAAAUCUCUUAUGUUUGGAUGCCACCAAUGCAGUACCAAACAUUAGUUCUGGUUGCCCCACUCCGGAUGCUUGUGAACUUUAUUAUGUAGACCGUGAUGCUUUGUUCUCUUAUCACAAAGCAGCCGAAUCAUUUUUGCAUCGUUUAGUCUCCAUAUAUGUUUCUUCACAUUAUAAAAACAGUCCCAAUGAUUUGCAAAUGAUGAGUGAUGCUCCAGCCCAUCACUUGUUCUGUUUGUUGGGACCCAUACAAAGAAAAGAUCAAUUGCCUGAAAUAUUGGUGGUAGUACAGGUGGCGUUAGAAGGUGAAAUAUCUUCACAAACAAUAACAGACUCUUUGGGUAGAGGCAGAAAAGCCAGUGGCGACUUAAUACCUUGGAAUGUAUCAGAACAAUAUGGCGAUAGGGAAUUUCCUAAAUUGGCUGGUGUGAGAAUUGUGCGCAUUGCAACACAUCCUAACUACCAACGAAUGGGUUAUGGCAAAAGAGCGAUUAAACUGUUGAAAGAUUAUUAUGCUGGUAAAUGUACAGAUCUAAAUGAACAGAUUAAUGACGAAGAAAAUGGUAUCGAAGAGGUGGAAGAGGAACAAUUAGGCUUGCUGAAAGAACAAAUACGACCAAGACGCAAGAUACCAACUCUAUUAAAACGUUUAAAUGAAAGAUUACCUGAACACAUAGACUAUUUAGGAACUUCAUAUGGCUUGACGCAGGAAUUAUUGAAAUUUUGGAAAAAUAUGGGCUUUGUGCCAGUAUAUCUAAGUCAGAAGGCCAACGAUUUGACUGGUGAACAUUCCUGCAUAAUGUUGCACACAUUAGACAAAUCAGGUUUAAAUCAAAAAAUAAAUGCUGAAUGGUUGAGUCUUUACUUCAACGAUUUCAGAAGACGUAUCUUAAAAUUAUUAAGUAAAUCUUUCAGAGAAUUUCCCACAAGUCUAGCACUUUCAUUGUUAGACAACAAAUGGGUAAAAAUUGAAGUAGAUGAACUGAAUAAGCAGAUCCUAGACACCUACUUUUUGCCACACGAUUUACAACGUCUCGAAUCUUAUUCACGCAAUCAAAUUGAAUUUCGUUUGAUUUUAGAUUUAACACAUGAUAUAAGUUACUUAUAUUUCCAAGGUAAACUUAAUGAUCUGCAAAUUGAUGCUUUACAAAAGGCCAUACUUUUGGCAAUGGGCGUGCAAGGUAAAACCGUAGAUGCCAUUGGAGCUGAAUUAAAUAUGCCCGGAAAUCAAAUAUUGGCCAAAUUUUAUGACAUAAUUAAGAAAACAUCGAAAUAUUUCUCUAAUGUCAUUGAAGGUCAUAUAGAAAGCACAAUGGUUAGUGAAACAAAACUAAAGAGAGGUGAAGACUUCGAACCCAUAUCUUUGUCACUCAACGAGGAGCUGGAAGAGACCGCCAAACAAAUAACGAAAAAACAAAAAGACGAACUUAAACGACUUAAAAUGGAAAGUCUUAAAGAGUUUGCCAUUAAAGGCAGCGAUGAAGAUUGGUCAAAGGCUUUAUCGGGGAAAGAGGGCAAAUCUAAGCUGAUAUCGGUUAAGAGUGGUAUUAAACGUUUGGAUGAACCAUUAGACUCUCCAAAAUCUGACAGUAAAGAACCCAAAAAGAAGAAAAUGAAAUUUGGCAAAAAAUCAUUAAAUAAAUCUGUUAUUUAGAUUUAGAGAUAUGUAAUUGUAUACAAUAUUUUUGUAUAUAAAAGAUAUGUUUAUUAAUUAUAAUUUUUAAUUUUUAAAUGUGAACUAAACAAUAAAUAAAAAUUAUAUAAAUUUUAA